AGUUUCAGCUCCCGGGCAUCUUCUCAGCAUCGCGACUUGUGGAACAUUGUUCCUUUUUCCAGGCACGCCCCAGGUGGCCACGCCCCACCUGAGCAUCAAGGCUGACCACGUCAAUGUCUCGCAGAUGCAACGUAUUCAUAACCAGGUCGCGUCCGCGUCAAUGAAGACUGGCUCGCUGGAUAGCUCGUCCUCGGAAUCAUCUGCUGCCCUACCCCUGCGCGUCCGCCGUGCCAGUAACCAUUCGGCUGCGCCGGUUGGCUCCAGCCAGAUCCCGGUGCAGUCAGCCAAACGAUAUAAGGAUUCCCCGUUACCAUCGCUCUCCAUAGCUAUCCCGCCGAUGCCUUCUAGACCUGUCGCAUUGGCCGUCCGAGACGAAAUCCCAGAGCAAGUUCACGCCAACGAGGAACGUUCCCAGAGCUCAGCGGUCCGUCAUCAGACUCCAGUCGACCGCGAGAAGGCGGACGCAGGCAAGAUGGUGACCUUUGCGGCCGAUCAAGACGAGAACGACUUGUCGGACCAGACGUCUAUAUGCCAGUCCCCGACGUGGGACUCAAGAAAGAAGAAGAAGGCCAAGCCUAUCAAGGCUGUCAAGGGACCGAAGGUCGCGCCCAGUCCUGUCGAGAAGAAUGGCGAUGGCUCAACUUCUCCCACCAAGAAAAAGGGCAGGCGCCUGAGCAAGCAGCCUCCCACGCCAGGUCCUCAAGUCCGGUCGGUGACCAAGGCGGAGCUGUCCAAAUCGGCGACAAGGUUCGACCUGGAAGAUAUAGAGACACAAGCUCCUCAGAACAAGGCAUUGAGGACCAGACCGCCCGAUGCCAUGAAACAUCCAGAACUCCACCAAUCAGGCAAUGUCUCAGACUCGAACGACAAACCUCGUAGCAAAGGAUUCUUCUCUCGUAUACGAAGACUAAGCUUCGAUGAAAGUUCCAAGUCGCCCAGAUCGCCAGCAGAGCAGGUCGUGCCGCCGCCACUAGUACAGAAAUCCCAUUCUAGUGGCCCGGGUACUGGGCUGGGGUUCUUCAGCUCCCUGAAGCCUCAGAGUAAGGAUGCCAGCAAGGCCAGCAGUCCACGCUCACAGUCCGCGCUCGGCAGUCAUCCUCCGGUGACGACCCAUCCUUCGAGCGCUGGCAGAGGUAGGAGCAACUCGCUUCUGUCGGCCACACUAGAAAAGAUCAAAGGAGCUGGCCAGAAAACUUCGUCUCCAGCCAACGGCGAGGACAUUACAAGGCCACAAAAUCCUUCCGAGACACAAGCCGAAAACGCCAGCACUGCAAGUCGUGCAAAGAAGUCAGUUGAAGACAAUGUCGACCUGCCAUUUGACCUCCAACCACCACCAGCCAACUUUUCUCAGAAACCCAGGAGUUACAGUAGCGAUUCCCUUGCAUCGCAGGGGACGACAACGUCUGCAAGCAAAAAAAGCGAGAGCAAUACAAAAGGCUCUGCCAGUGCCCGACACGACCCCUACCAGCCUGCAGAAAACGCGGACGAGUCGGAAUUUGGAAGUCUGUCCACGUUGCGACUCUCGCAGCUGCCUCCAAGCGAGCUGGCGCUCAAGUCUGCAAGAUCUGCAGAGUUCGAAACCGCAUCGAUCCAGGAGUCGAUCUUCAACGUUGUCAAGCUCGAGGACCGGUCCUCAGAUUAUCUGAACUUCAUCAAUGAUUCCUAUACCCCUCCUUUGCUGGAACUGGUGACGCCAGUGGAAGGCCGAUCGUCACCAAUGCGCCCCACGUCAACACCCAAACCUGUCGAUACCAGCUAUCGAGCUCGGGAACAACGAGCAGCGGAGUCGAAGCCUCACGGCGAUCACGGGUCGAGGACUGUACCGGGGGUGACCCAUAGGACGCCCACUGCAGAACCACAACAGAAGCAAGCUUCUUCAGCUACCCUCCCUUUAGAGAAGUCUCCUGCACUGGAGCGGUUUGGCCAAUCUUGGAAUGCCGGGCCGGAACCGUCUGUCAUUGAUAUUAGCGAUCUCAGUGCGCCUGCACCGCUCACCAGUCCAAAAGGCCACAGUCGUACGGCAUCUGAGAAGUCAUCAUCAUCAUUGUACGACGAGUCGACCCCAACGCCAUCAACUCCAGCUACUCCUGACAGUGUGCAGCCACAACACCGCCAGGAUGUCCAUCCGGCUCUUCGUAGCGGACCUUAUAGCCGAGAAGCCAGCGAGGGCCAUCAGAUCAAAGGUAACGCAGAAAGGCGACCGCGUAAUGCUCUCCGAACGUCCAGUCAGGAAACAGCCCGUCCAUCUGCAGACCGUUCUACAAGCAGAGAGCGGAGAACCCCACGAGACAGCUGGAACAAGGCAGCAUCUGUGCUUGGUCUCGAACCUCCUCCCGCGAAUUUCUUCUCCCGGGCUGACGGCAAUGGCUCCAACUCAUCCCUUGCUUCGUCGCCCUCAUCGAUCAAGUCAGCAAGUGCCAUAAAGGCCGAGAUGGCAACAGCGACUAAGCAGGCCAAGGAACGAGAGCGGGAGAUGCCCCCACGCGCGCAGUCGGCCAUCGACUUGUCCUCUACGAGCUUCUUGCCACCUUUGAAGCAUCAGCCACUUGCCACAAAGAAGAAGCAGAGGCCCUCAGCUACGGCGAUGUCGGUUUCACCGCUGGAGUCUGCAGACGAAGAGAGCAUCUCAUUGCGACCCAAGGCAUCUAGGAGCAGCAGCGCCAACAGUCAGGAGUCCGGCACAGUCUCGUCCUCGGGUGCUGCGUACCUUGAAGAGGCACGCAAGGCUGUUCAGCCAAUAUCGGCCGUGCGUGCUUUGAGAGCACCGUUCGCGCACAACAACUCAUCAGCCACAAGUGUGAAGACCACACAAAGUGGUCGUGGAGAGCCAAUUGCGAAGAUGCUGGUUGAAUGCUGUAGCUGCAAAUUCUUCCACGACAUGCCAUCGAAGGUCUACGAGUGCAUGGCCAAGCCUGACUCGAUUGUGGAGGACAAGAAGCUUGGUGUUUCGGCGGCUGUAACAACAAUGGUGCGCUGCCCAUGGUGCGGCCAUGGAAUGUCGACGCAGUGCUGCGCCGGAUACGCGGCGGUAUUGUUUCUGAAGGAGAAGCUGCACGGAAAGUAAUGAGUCGGCUUUCAUGCGACUAUGGUGAUGCAUUUUGGAAAAUCCACUUCCACAUCUUUCCCUUUGUCUCAUCGACGGCUCGCCUGCGGCUUGAGGCCUGUCACCAAAAGUUUCAUGAGGGCGGCGUUCGUAUUCCUGGCACAUUUCUGGCCAUCAUGUUCUUCUGU